GCGGUUGUUUUGUUUGGGAGUUCUCGCUACCCGAAUGGCAAAUGAAUAGAAUAUAUUAAUGCAAAAUAACAAAGAAAAUGUUAACAAUCGAUUCGUAAACGCGUCGAUCCUCGCGUCCGUAUCUGCACUUUGUUUGUUUGAUUUUGAUUGUUUUUACUUCUUUCCGUAAACGCGUCUUACUCGUAUCCGUGCAGCUCGUCUCGGUCAUGUUCCUGCGUUCGUGCGCUUUCGUCGAUCAUUAAUAAAUUAAUGAUGCGCCGAUACUCCAUCGACGUCUCGCACUUGGGCUGUGGUUAACGUGAUACUCCUCCCUCGUCGUGGCACUGUAAAUACGCAAUCAUGUUCUCUUGGGUGCGCAACCGGAGACAAUUGACCAGACUCGGUAAAGGUGCGUAUACACAUAAGAUGUUGAUCGCUUCGUCUUCCUAGCUUGUCUUCCUAUUGUUCUUACCUCAGUGUGCAAAAUAUUAUAAUCCAUGUCAAAAAAAAGGAACUCGCAGGCUCCACAAUCCAAUAGCCAAGGCAUAGAUCAGUACGGAUUCGAAGAUGAUGGAAAUCCUGAUGCUGUUGAUUGCCUGGGCGUUAGGGAUAACAGAUCGAUACACAUCAAUUCUGAUCAGCUGUAUAAGAGCUGCUCGAACUGUAUAUCUACCGCCAAGUACAGUUUACUGUCGUUCUUGCCCAUUUUCCUGUUUGAACAGUUCCGGCGGUACUCGAACUGUUUUUUCUUGCUCAUAGCACUCUUACAGCAAAUACCAGAAGUGUCUCCAACAGGUCGAUUCACAACGUUAGUUCCAUUAUGUUUUAUACUUCUAGUAUCUGCAGUCAAAGAAAUUAUUGAAGAUUUUAAAAGACAUAGAGCGGAUCGUGAGGUUAAUCACCGAAAAGUGGAAGUCCUAAGUGACGGAAUUUGGACCCCUCAAAGAUGGGAUCUUAUUAAUGUAGGUGACAUUGUUAGAGUAAAAAAUAAUACGUUCUUCCCCGCCGAUCUUUUAAUACUUUCUUCCAGUGAGCCGCAGAGUAUGUGUUACAUCGAAACAAUGAACCUAGAUGGCGAAACAAAUCUUAAAAUACGACAAGGUCUUCCAGAAACAUCACAUUUUGUCGAGGCAAAUGAUCUCAUGCGUUUAAAAGGAACAAUCGAAUGCGAGCUUCCUAAUCGGUUAAUCUACGAUUUCGUAGGCAGUUUGAAAUUGGUCGACAGAGUUCCGUUAUCUCUGGGUCCUAAUCAUCUGUUAUUACGGGGUGCGAUGUUACGAAAUACAUCAUGGGUGUGCAGUUUAGUGAUUUAUACUGGUCAUGAAACCAAACUUAUGAUGAACCAAACUUCAGCUCCUCUCAAAAGAUCAACAGUGGAUAAAAUUGUUAAUACGCAGAUUAUAAUGCUCUUCUUGUUGCUGUGUUCAUUGUGUUUGAUAAGCUCGUUUUGCAAUAUUGUCUGGACUAAACAAAAAGGACAAAAAGACUGGUAUUUACAAAUAGAUGAUAUUGCUACUUAUAAAUUUGCAUUUAAUUUGCUCACUUUCUUCAUAUUAUUUAACAAUUUGAUUCCUAUUUCGUUGCAAGUAACAGUAGAAGUUGUACGUUUUAUGCAAGCAAUGUUUAUUAAUAAUGAUAUUGAAAUGUAUCACGAAGAAAGUAAUACACCAGCAAUGGCAAGAACUUCCAAUUUAAAUGAAGAAUUAGGCAUGGUUAAAUAUAUUUUUUCUGAUAAAACUGGUACGUUAACAAGAAACGUCAUGGAAUUUAAACAUUGUUCAAUCGCUGGAAUACUUUACCUUGAAGGUUCAAAAGAAACAUUAAUAAAAAAUUUAGAAAAUCAUCCUACCAAAAUUUAUAUUUUAGAAUUUUUAAGAAUGAUGUCAGUUUGUCAUACAGUUAUCCCAGAAAAUAUUAACAACUCUAAUGAAAUUGUAUAUCAUGCAUCAUCUCCAGAUGAGCAAGCACUGUUGAAAGGAUCUCAACAAUUUGGUUAUGUGUUCCAUGCUCGUACUCCAAAAUCAGUCCUUAUUUCAGCUUUGGGCAAAAACGAAGAGUACCAAGUUUUAACUGUCAUAGAAUUUACUAGUGCUAGGAAGAGAAUGUCAGUUAUUGUACGUACACCAGAUAAAAAAAUCCAUCUUUAUUGUAAAGGUGCUGACACCGUUAUUUUUGAACGACUGUCUAGAAAAGGAGAACAGUAUAAAGACAUAACACUAAAGCAUCUUGAAGAGUUUGCAAAUACUGGCUACAGAACUUUGUGUUUUGCAUAUUCUGAAAUUUCUGAAAAUUUUUACUCCAGUUGGAAUGAAAAAUUCGUCAAAGCAUCUAAUGUGUUAACUAAUCGUGAGGUCGCUAUUGAUGAGGUGGCCAAACUAAUUGAAGUAAAUCUCAUACUCCUUGGAGCGACUGCUGUCGAAGACAAACUACAAGACCAAGUACCAGAAACUAUUGCAGCUUUGAUAAAAGCCGAUAUCAGUGUUUGGGUGUUAACUGGAGAUAAACAAGAAACAGCAAUUAACAUUGGGUUCUCGACAAAUCUGAUUUCGCAAGGAACACCUUUAAUUAUUCUCAAUGAACCCACAUUGGAUGAACUCAGAGAAUCUUUACGACAUCACAUAAACGAGUUAGGACCGUCUGUGGGAAAAUCUGCCAAUCCUUGUACAUUGAUAAUUGAUGGUCAAUCAUUAAAGCACGCUCUAUCUCAUGAUUUAAAAAUGGACUUCUUAGAACUCUGUAUGAGUUGCAAAUCUGUUAUAUGCUGUCGUGUGUCUCCUAUGCAAAAAGCUGAAGUUGUAGAAUUGGUAACGUCUAAUACACAUGAAGUGACAUUAGCAAUUGGUGAUGGUGCUAAUGAUGUGGCCAUGAUACAAAAAGCCCAUGUUGGAGUUGGUAUAUCGGGUGUUGAGGGAUUACAGGCUGCUUGUGCAUCUGAUUAUUCUAUAGCUCAAUUUAAAUUUUUAUUGAAAUUGCUGUUUGUCCAUGGUGCUUGGAAUUACAAUAGAAUGUCAAAGUUGAUUUUGUACAGUUUCUAUAAAAAUAUUUGCUUAUACAUCAUUGAAUUAUGGUUUGCAAUUUAUUCCGGAUGGUCAGGUCAAAUUAUAUUUGAAAGAUGGACCAUUGGAUUGUAUAAUGUUUUGUUUACUGCUGCUCCACCCUUGGUUAUGGGUAUAUUUGAUAUUGUAUGUACAGCCAACACAAGAUUAAAGUUUCCUCAGCUUUAUUCACAGACUUUGGAUACCUUCAAUGUACGAAUAUUUUGGAUAUGGGUGGUUAACGCUCUUUUGCACUCAUUUUUAUUGUUCUGGAUUGGUUUGUUUGCUAUGAAACAUGAAGUUUUGUGGUCUAAUGGAAAAGAGGGUGGUUAUUUACUUAUGGGCAAUUGUAUAUAUACGUAUGUUGUCAUUGUUGUGUGUCUCAAAGCUGGCCUACAUAUACAGUCCUGGUCAUAUAUUGUGCACAUAGCCAUAUGGGGUUCAAUAGUUACGUGGUUUGCGUUUUUAGUUUUAUACAGUCAUAUAUGGCAAAUAUUACCAGUUGGUGCUGUGUUCACUGGCAUGGAUAUCAUGGUGUUUACAUCACCAAUAUUCUGGGUUCUAUUGGUAUUCUCAGUAUUUGUUGUUAUGGGAUUGGAUUUAACAAUUUUAUCAUUAAAAACAACUACUCGUAAAAGCUUGGUCCAAACAUUGAGAGAAAACGAAAUAAGAAAAAUCGACUCUAACAAUGUUGUUCGUCCAAGACAUAGAACUAACGAAAAGGCACGUCUCCUUGAGAACGUAAAAAACGUUUUCAGUUUCAAAUCCCGAUUACCAUCGACCUUGGAAGUUGAAAUGAACCAUGGUUUCGCUUUUUCACAAGAAGAAGGAGGCGCUGUCAGUCAGUCGGACAUGAUUCGCGUGUACAAUACGUAUUCGACUACUCCAGAAGGCGUAUAACGCGUGCAAAUAAUCAAUAACACUGAUAGUAAUAACAAUGAAUAUGAGAAAUCAGAAUUGUCAUUUGUAGAUGUAAACAAGAUUCAGCCGUUAUGUUUAUGGAGUCUUAGUUUCUUAUCAUUUUAAAACUGAUAAGAUUUAUUCUGUGGUAAUGGUAUUGAAAACAUUGAUUGCACUUAAUUGUUUUGAUGUAUAUUGUUUAUUAAAUCACAUAAUAUAUGAAAUAUAUAUACUGUUGGGACUCCAUAAAAAUGUCCGAAUGAUUUUUGAACAUCCCAAUGUUACCUAUAUUAAAUCUUAUUAGUGACCAUUCUGAUUUCAUAUAUUCUGUGGUAAUAAUGACCAUAUAAUAUCGCGUGUUUCGAGCACUUUUAGUUUUAUUAUCUGUUAGAUCAUCACUCAAAUUAUUACUUCUAUUGUUGUUAAUUUAUUAUCAUUACCAUACUUUUUUUGUUAUCAUUACUAUUACUAUUAUUAUUAUUAUUAUUUAUUUUAUAAUUAUCGUUUUGCAUUGUGCGUACUAUACUCAUAAUGUAAUAUCCUAUAAUUAGAUAUUUGCUGAACAUGGUAUGCGCAAAUCCAUUCAUUCAUUGUCCCAUUAUUUUUAUAAUUAUCUAUUCAGUGUGCUCAUUUCCUCAAAUUUAAAGAAAUAUAAUAUUGAAUUCUUGUGGUAGACGUUGCUAAAUAUUUUUUCCGUGCAUUGUGCGAUUAUAUAUGUAUAUUAUUACUUAUCCAUUAGUCGUAUGUUUUCUUAUAAUCCUCAGUCGUCCAUAAAGAGAUGAUUUCUACGUGUUAAUUCCUCAUUGUCUUUCAUCGUGAGUUCUUGCACUGUUUGAUUUUUAAUGUCGUUGGUCCGGUGUCACACAUUAUACACUUUAUAAUCUUCUAUGUUUUUAUAUUCAUAUAUGUAUAAUUUUAGAAUUAAUUGUCUAUCAUCUAGCAUUCAAUAUAUUGCAUAAUCAGGUCCUUCAUAUUUAUAAGUGUUCGAACAAUUGCAUAUUAGAUGGAU